UCUAAACGCAGGUGCACUCCUGACCGUUGAUUGUCGAACAUCCGGGACGUACGGAUAAACUGAUGGUAAUCCGUCGGUGCCUCUGCCAGAAUGUCUCAUAAUUCUCUAUGGUAUGAGUACAUACAUGUGCUUUAAGAAUGACAACGAUAUAAUCAAUUAUUGAAAUUGAAUGAAGACUUUUGGCCGUAAAUUGUUCUUUUUGCAUGUGCAAUAAUUUCUGGAAUAUCAUGAAGUUUAUAUGAAAUUUACUAAGUGUCUAAACCGUCUGUUUGGAAAGACGUGUGCUGAACCUGUGCAUUUCAUUGCGAGCGCAUAUGUGACAUAGCUAUAUAAUACGUAAGCAGUAGUGUUCUCUACAUAUUGUACAAUUAACAAAUUAAUGGUGGGUUUAGAUGUUUCUGUUCCCACUGCUAUUUUCUAAUUAAGAAGGAAUAUCAGCAUUGUAGAGGUACUACCAUGGCUACGUCUGAGAGCGAUGAUUUUGAAAGUGCAGACGAGGAGAUGAACCAUGAUAGCUGUGGAAAAAGAAGUAUUCAAACGCAACAGUGGUAUUCACCAACAGCGAUAGAUUCGGAAUCUGACGAUGAUGCGGAAUACUUACCUCAAACGUAUAUGAACACAAUUUAUAGCAAACAGGCACAAAAAUGCAUAGGUAUGGUAUUAGAUAAAAAGAAAUAUUAUAAAGACAUACCGAAGAAGAAUAUAGAUAUCGCUAUUAAAGGUACAUGUAAAUAUGACAAAGAUGAACAAUUAACAACCGAUAUCGAGAAGACUUCCGAAAGUACCAACAAUAUGGAUACAUUUUCCAAUUUACAAGAAUUGAACUGUUCGCAAACAGAUACAAGUGUCGUAACUUCGAAACUGAACGAAAACGAUGAAGAAAUUAAUUUCGGUAACAAUAAAAUGGAUACGUCGUCGGUAAAAAAUAUUGAUACGGAAAUUCCUCUUACGAUAACCACGUGUUCGUCUAACGAGACAGAGACAGUUGACAAUCAACAAGCGUUAAGCACAGAGAUAUUAAGGACUGAAAUUACACAGAGUAAUGACCUAGUGACUGAUACGUGUACUAUAAUAAGAAAUGUUAAUCAAGAUGAUAUAUCGACUAGAGUUUUAUGUAAAGAAGCAUCGAUAGCAGACGAGUUGUCUGAAUUAGAAAUGCCGGAAGAAAUGAAAUCUGAUAAGAAGUUUAAAGAAGUGUUUAAACCCGAAGGAUGGGAAGGGCUUGGCAACGAAAUAGAAUUACCAGAGGAAUUAACCGAAGAAAAAUUACAACCAAUAUUAAAAAGACUGUCAUUGGUAGGACAAGAAACACAGAAUUCUUCCAAAGGAUGGGGUUGGGGUAACUGGGAUGUAAAUUCUUUAAUCAAUACAGCCAGUGCAGGAGUUUCUACGUUGACCAGUCAUGUAUCGCAUGGACUUACGCUUUUAGAAGAAUCAAUUGCUAUACCCAAGGAUUCAACUUUCACUAACACAGAGGGUCUAGAAGAUCCUGUAAUCAAUGAUGAUAAUACGGAUCAGUCUGAGGAACUUUCUUCUUUCGGAUUUGGAAACCUUAUAUCAGGCGUAUCUUCCAUAACAAAAUUGGUCGAAUCAACUGGUAGCAAAGUUAUGACCGGUGGAUUAGAUACGUUAGAAGCCAUUGGUAAGAAAACAAUGGAAGUUUUACAAGAAGGCGAUCCAGGUUUAAAAAAGAAAAGGGCCUUUUUCAUGAACGAAGCAGAUAAACCAAUUCUAUCGCAAGUUCUUCGAGAAGCUAAAGAUAAAGCAGAGACCAUUGAAAAAACGAUCGAAGAAAAGCAAAACAUGAGAAAAAUACACUUCGAAAGCCUUUUCGAUGAUUAUCAAGGUCUCGUUCACUUGGAAGCAUUGGAAAUGUUAUCGAAACAAAGUAAUAUUAAAAUACAACAGUAUUUGAACAGUUUAAAUAUGACUGAAUUAAAUUCUGUUCAAGAAACAUUAGCAGAAGUUAAAGAACUAUGCGAAUUAGAUGACAGCGAUGAAAAAGAGGAUGGAGUGGACGAUUUGAAAUUAAGACUACAAGAAGCUUGUAAUGAUCUUGGAAUUAAUAUUACAUACGAAAAGUUGUAUAAUAUCUCUGAAGAAUUUGAAGCCUAUCUCACACUGCCUGUAACGCAUACUGAUCGAGAGAUAUUUGAACAUGCUAUUUCUGUUUUGGCACAAUUCACUGCCUUUUCUAUGGAAAGAUUUCAUAAAACUGCAGAAUUACUUUUAAUCAAAGACCACAGAAGCACCGUCAACGAGGCAGAUGCAUUAGUCCAUUUGACACAUAUUCUGUCCAGUCAAGUUGGAAUGCUAGCCAAUUCUUAUUGUAGCUCUUUACACGCACUUUUGCAAGAUUCAGACAAGCCAGAAAUUAUUAAAAGUAAUAUAACAACAAUUUUUAUGGAGGCUUCAAAUGCAAGUUCAUACAUUCAAGAUGCCUUUAAACUGUUAAUUCCUAUUAUACAAGUUGGUGCUAUUUAGUUCAGUUGCAAAAAACUUAGACAAUUGCAAAAAAAUUAGAUUUCUUCCAACGACUUCUCAAUAUUAUUUUUUCCAGUGUUUUUUUUUUCUACAGGGACCAAAUAAAUGAAGUUACAAGUGCUAUUCAUAAAGAUUUGUAAAAAUGCUAGUAUUUUAUAAAGUUACGAUCGUAACAGUGGAGAAUAUCAAUGUAAAUAGUAUUAAAUCAUGAUACGAAUAAUAUUAGCGGACUAAAAAAUUGCAACUUUUAAGUAAAAGUCAUAAGUAACCGUUAAUAUAAUGAAGUUACAAAUGUCUAAUAUUUACUUUUGAAUUGAGGAUAAUUAAUACACAAUUAUGUAUUAGGUAAAUGUAUUAUAUGUACAGGAUGUGCUGUAAAAAGUGUCAUACAAGUGUAUCGAUUACUUGACGUUUCCGUUCGUAUUGUAGCCAUUUGUGUUUGUUAUACUUUUUCUUUGUUGAUUGACUAUUUAUAAGUAAUUCCAAAUAUUUUCUUUACAAGCACAUCUUAUAUAUAUCAACUUGUUAAUGUUCUGCAAAUAUCGUACCAUAACUUUUUACAACUAAUU